UUGGCAACUAAACAAAUGAUUCACAAACGGAAUCGCUUUUUUGCCGGCUGUGGGUUUGAAACUUAAUUAAAUAGUUAUACAGACAUGUCGAAUCCUGCUGAAGAGUGCAAGGACGAGGAUCUGCCCGCAAAUACGCUGGAGCAUUUCACCGAACUGCAGCAAGUGCUGGAGAUGAUUGAAAACAUCAAAUCUAUUGCAGCUGGUACCUUUGAAAGGGAGUUUGAGCAAUACGCCCAGGUUUUGUCCAGAUAUCAAGAGCAGCCGCAUCUGCUGGAUCCACACUUGGAGGAGUUGUUGGGUAAACUUUUGCAGAAGAUUCGUAGGCAGGACCUGGACACCGGAGAACGACAUGCUGCUUUCAAGUAUCUUUAUAUUAUCUGCAAAGUUCGUACAUAUAAGGUCCUUGUCAAGUUUAUGCCCCAUGAACUGAGCGAUCUAGAGUUUGCCCUUGAUCUAUUGGGUCAGCAGGACCCAAAAGAGUUUGAACAGUGGGAAACACGUUAUAUAUUACUCCUAUGGAUGUCCAUCCUGGUCUUGAAUCCCUUUCAUAUGUCGAGACUGGAUGCCUAUGAAACAGCUCCUAGUCCCACCACUACCAAUUGCACUCUUAUCAACCAUGUCCAGACUAAAAGCUCCAAGAUGGAACGCAUCUUCGAGCUGAUCCAGGUUUAUGUGUCCACCAAUGACACAUGCAGCAGCAUGGCUGCUUAUUUGGCUGCUAAGUAUUUCGUUCGCAGCGACAUCAAGGAUCUGUAUCUGGAGAGAUUCUUGGACUGGAUAAUGGAGCAGCAUCGAGCGGAUACAGUGAACGUCAAAUUCGGUCAGCUGGCUGCAGUCGCUGCUAUUUUAAAGCACGGCAAGCGCGAGGAUCUUUUGCCCUACGCAGACAAGCUGCUUCAGUGGAUUACCUCCUGUCAGUACAAGGACGGCAAUGACUUUCUGAAGUACAAGAACUAUAUUAAAAUUAUACAGAGGAUCGGAUUGGUGCAUCUAAAGCCUCGUAUUGCCAGCUGGCGGUACAAAAGAGGUACUCGCUCAUUGGCCACAAAUCUUAGCCACGCAUCUGGAGCAAGAGGCGAAUCGGCUGCUUUAGAAGUAUCACCAGAAGAAGGAGAGGAGAUUCUUGUACCCGAUGCUAUCGAAGAGGUGAUUGAGGAGCUGCUGCAAGCUCUACGAAGCGGUGGAAAUGAUAUACGCUGGAGUGCAGCCAAAGGAUUGGGCAGAGUCACCAAUCGCCUGCCAAAAGACCUGGCUGAUGAAGUUAUAGGCUCUGUAAUUGAUAUACUUAACCCACUAGAACCCCACGAGGCUUGGCAUGGUGCGUGUUUGGCCUUGGCGGAACUGGCUAAAAGGGGAUUGCUGUUGCCUCAUCGAUUGGAGGAGCUGGUUCCUCUUUUAAUGCAAGCUUUUUACGAUGAAAUGAAGGGAUACAUGUCGGUGGGUCAGCACAUCCGUGACUCUGCAUGCUAUAUGUGCUGGGCGUUUGCCAGAGCGUACAAUCCAGACGACGUGAAACCCUUUGUGCACAAAAUCUCAUCUGGAUUGCUGACUGUUGCCGUUUUUGAUCGCGAGGUAAAUUGCAGACGAGCUGCCUCCGCCGCAUUCCAGGAAAGCGUAGGUCGCUUGGGUAACUUCCCUUUCGGCAUCGAGAUCUCCACAACCACGGACUUUUAUUCCGUGGGCAUUCGUCAAAACUCCUAUCUGAACAUCAGCGAUUAUAUUGCUCAGUUUGAGGUUUAUAGGGAACCUUUGAUUAAUCAUCUAGUGCAACAUAAGGUCAACCAUUGGGAUCCAGCAAUUAGGGAGCUGACAGCCAAGGCCUUGCAUAAGCUUUCCCUCAGGGAACCUGAGUACAUGGCCGCUGUUGUAUUGCCACAACUGUUGGCUAAAACUGAUACCAUCGAUAUAAACUGUCGUCAUGGAUGUGUUUUGGCAAUGGGAGAGAUAACACUUGCCCUUCGGAAACUAGAGGAAAAGAAUGAUCCAUCUGUGGCUUACCUUUCAAAUCAAAGGAUUGCGGAGCUCAACGAACUAAUAAAGACAUUCUUAGACAAAAGCUAUUAUCGCGGAAUGAGCGGCGAGCUGAUGAAAUCCUGUACAGCCAACUAUAUUAAAAACUGCAGUCUGGCCAAGCUACAGGCGACGACCGAAUGUUUGACAUCCUGGCAGAAAGUCAUAGACUACUGUCUGGUAACUAAGUCAACCUCCAUUCGGGACUCUGCAGUCGAGGCUUUUGGCGAACUCUGUACCGCGUAUUACAGCUUGGAUUCCAGACACCAGGAAAACGAAGAGGUCAUUUAUACUUAUCUAAGAGGAGCCGAAAAUGAUUUGGAGGAGCACAUACGUAUGGGAUAUAUUGCUGCUUUGGGAGUACUUCCAGCCUUUAUGAUCCGUCCUCACCUGUCGGACAUUUUGGACUGUCUGGUGAGGCAUUCGUUGACCCCUUUGCAGGUGGUUCUGGCGGGAGGAAUGGGCGACAGGGAAAAUGUUCAAACAUACAGAUGGAGCGAAGCUCGGACAGAGAGCGUGAGAGCCUUGACUAAAUUGGUGAAAACCGUAGGAUAUAAAAGUGGAAUUGACUCAUUUGCAGACCCUAAAAACUUUAACAAGAUUAUUGAAUGUCUGCUAAAAGCUUUAAACGAAUAUACCCUGGACAAUCGCGGCGAUAUUGGAGCUUGGGUUAGGGAGGCGGCUAUGACUUCGCUUUAUGAGAUCGUGACACAGUGUCCGCCUGAUCUCCUUGCCCCAGAACAUGUCCAUCAGAUUGUUGUGGGCUUUAUGCAGCAGGCUGUGGAGAAGAUUGAUCGCACUCGGGGAUUAGGCGGCCGCCUCUGCUGCCAGCUUAUUCAUCAUCAACCCAGGAUACCGCAUAUACGAGAGCAUUCGAAACUUCUGGAAAUAUUCCCCGCGGAUGCGGAUUCCGUACUUUGGCUAUUUGCUGAUCACACAUUCCCAUUGUUUUGUGAGCUUCUCUCUCUGCCUGAUUACUCUAAAAGAGUCCUUUUGGGCUUGAGUGCGAGCAUAGGUCAACUUACUGAAUCUCUGAUCAAGUAUGCCUCUAGUGCCUUAUUCCAAUUUUUGCGUUCCAAUCCCGAGACUGUGCCACGUCUUUGCUCCGAGGUUGUUCAGAUUUUCGAGGAGCACCUGCUGAACGAACGAGUGACUUAUCCAAUGCUCAGUUUUCUGGAUAUUCUCAUAGGAUCUGGAACAGUAGAAUCUGUACUUCAUGAUGAAGCAAACCCUUUUGCCGAGGAUAUCUUUAGAUUGCUAAACCUGGAAGUUAAAGGCUAUAAGAAGUUGUAUAAGACCGCUACCAGCAUUAGUGCUUUUUGCCAACUGCUCCAGGUUCCGCGCUUAUCCAGACGCGUCCUCUCUAAGCUCUCAGUAUUCCUUGGUCUGCAGCAUGUCCAUGUUCGUAAAACCGCUGCCACAAAAUUAUACGAAGCGCUGGCUCUUCACGGCGAUGUCACCGAAGUUCCAGAGGAUAAUUUGGAUGAUAUCCUCACACUUCUCUCGGAAACGGACUGGACCAUGCCACUGGUGGAGGUGCGUCCGUUGAGAAAUCAAUUGUGCCACCUAAUGGACAUCAAGGCUCCUGUGAGUGGAGCCGCAUUGCAACAAGCGAAAGCGGAAAAAUGAAUUUGUGGCAAUACCAGUUAAGCUUUUGUAAUUUAACAUUUGACUUAAUUUAUUUUGAGAUUUUCGCACAAUUAUACUGAUUAUGCUGGCAA